CUCUUUUGACAUGGUGCUGCGUGGAGACAUCUCUGCCUGCUAAAACCGGCUGAAACUCUGCUAAACCUUCAUUUGUUAUCAUUUAUUUAAUAUGCCGUAACAAGGAAACGUUUUUGUUCACACGCCUGACUGACUAGUUUACUUUACGGUUAGGAAUCUCAAAGCUAAAUCUGCUGUUUAAGCUUUAGCUAUAGCAAGCUAGCAUCAGCAUCAACAGUGUGGAUUAUGGCGUCAGUUGACAGCUUUCAGCUUUUUUAUAGAGAAAUGUCUCGAUCAUGCAAUCCUUACUUUGAAACCCUGGCCCUGGUCGGUGCUAUUUACACGGCCAGCAGGGCAGUAAUCCUGCUCAGAGAAUGCUGCUCUUUGGUCAGGGUGCAUUUUCUGCCCAGAAUAAUCCCCAAUAAGAAGAAGCUGAGCCAAAGGUUUGGAGAAUGGGCCAUCGUGUAUGGUGCAUCCGAGCCGGUGGCCAAAGCCUACGCAGAGGAGCUGGCCCGACAUGGCGUCAGCAUCAUCUUUGUCACUCAGAGCGAGGCCUCUGUGAGAGACAUCGCUGCUUUACUCUCCCAAAGCUACGGAGUGGAAACUGUUGUGCUCCUCGCUGACUUCUCUUUGAACCAAGCGGCCAGCAAUACCAUCAAAGAGGCCAUGAAGGGCAGAGAGAUCGGCUUCCUGGUGAACUGCAUGGAGUCUUUGGAUUCCCCUCAGAGCCUGAUAGAAAUGCAUGAGCAGGGCCUGUUGGAUCUGGUGAAUAAAAAUGUAGCGGUGGCGACUCUGAUGGCGCGGUUGGUGCUGCCCGGGAUGCUGGAGCGCCGCAAAGGAGCCGUGGUCAACAUAUCAUCGGGAGCCUGCUGCAAACCUCUGCCUGGGAGGGUGACACUAACUGCAUUUGCUGGCUAUAUGGAUCAUUUGUCAAGAGCUCUUCACCUCGAGUACAGCGGCAAGGGGAUCUUUGUCCAAAGUCUGAUUCCUUUCCAGAUAAGUGAGCAACCACCAUCCUCGUCAUCACCAUCAUCAAGACUCAACUGGUUUGAACCACAGCCGGAGGUUUACGCCCGCCACGCCAUCUCCACCCUGGGGGUCUCCAACAGGACCACCGGAUACUGGCCUCACACUCUGCAGUACGGACUGAUGAGACGCAUUCCAGACUUCAUGUGGGUUCUUGGAUCACGUGUGUGGAUCAGUUUAAGCUAAAAGCUCUGCUCUCCUUCCUCUGACUUACUCUAACCCACUUACUGGAUCUUCUUGUUACAGAGUUUUAAACAUCUGCCAAUAGUCUAAAUUCAUUCAACUCUCAGGCUCAGUUAAGGUUGGUAGUUAAAGAUCAUUUCAUUUCUUUAUUUGGUGUCAGUAUUUAUUUAAGCUGCAGUGGAAUUUUCCUAAAUUGAUGAAUCGAUAUACACUACAAGUGUAUCAAUAUAUGGUCGGACAAAUGUGUGACAUCCUUUAGAAACUAGACUAUAGAACAAUUAUCGUUUGUAUAUCAAAACCUCCCCCUGUGUUGAACCUUGCAUUUGUAAAGCAAAUUGUGUGUUUCUUCCAUGGUGAACAAAGAAUACAAAACAAACUAGUAAAUGGGGGCCAUGUUCAACAACUAGAAAAACUAUAUUAAAAAAUCAGUUUACAAAGUCUCAAUCAUCCGGUUGUAUGCUCAGUACUUCCUGAACACAUUCUUUUCAACUUAAAUCUUACUUUUUAAAACACUUCUGUAUAACAAUGAUGCUCGAUCAGACAAGACUCAAGUGUUCAAAGGCAUGGUUCAUUACAUCUAAGCGAAUAACUGAACGUACAAUUAUUCUAUUUGUAUAUGUGUUCAGAUCAAAUGUUACAUUAAAAAAACACAGCCAGGAGAAAGCAAUACAAAAUCAGCCGCCAUGAAAUAAACAAAAUGUUAUUUUUGACACUACAUACAGUAUACCCCGUGUUAUCUGGUUUUAUCCAUAGGGUUUAUUUUAUGAUGUUAUUGUUUUGUGCUGACUUUCCAUUCAUCACUGCUUGUAUCACUGUUAACUGGUAUCUACCACACCCACAGUAUAUAAGAUGCGUUCAAAGACCAAAUGGCAUUCACCCAAAAACACAACUUCAUUCCCAGUUAGAGAGACGGACUAAUAACGUAAUGUAGGAUAAUUAUUCUCAAUGUGUGCAGAGCUGUAUUAAGAAAUACCAGUGAAUAGAGUUAUUUUGAUCAAUAUAAUUAAAUCUAAAUCUCAACGUGAUGUACAGUAGAGUGAGAUUGUGAUGUUUGUUUCAUUGAGAAACGAUAUUUGAGAUACAUGUGUAUAUAUUGCUUUAAAAUCAGUAUUUAUUUUAAACUAGGUAAACAGAUCUGUAAACAAAUUAUGAUGUAUUUUCUGAGUGGUUGCUUCCACAUACAAUACAGUAUAUAACUUCAAUGUGUCAUCAUUAUACAAAAAACAAUAAAUGUCUUUCUCCAUUCC